AUGCGGCUUAAAUUGCGCACAAAUACCGGCCGCAACGAACAAAUAUCGCUCGAGUCUUACCGUGAUGCCGACAUUGCUGCCGACAAGGGAGACAGAAAAUCGCUCACUGGUGCCAUCGUUUUGCUAAAUGGGAUGCCUGUAAGCUGGGCAGCCAAGAAACAAGGUGGCGUCUCUCUCUCGACUAUGGAGGCCGAACUCGCCGCGGCAUCUGAGACGGCACGCGAGCUUCUUGGUAUUCAAGAGAUGCUUGAAGAGGUAGGACUUGCACCGACUCAGCCUAUGUCGAUGCAUGUGGAUAACCAGGCCACGAUUCGCCGGAUAGAAGGAGAGACUUCGUCUUUAAAAGCUAAACACUUCGACGUGCGCCUCAAGUUUGUUAAGGACUUUGCUCGUCGCGGCGUCGUUGAAAUGCGCUACGUCCGGUCCGAGCUUAUGCUCGCGGACUUACUGACAAAGGCGUUAGACCAGCACAAACUUGCAGAGCUGCGAGCGCUCGUGGGUGGCAAAUCAGGCUGUCACAAAUUGGAGGCCCAUGAGGCAAAGUGCGCGAAAUUUACCACCAGACGUUUACCUUCAUUCUCGACCGUAUUAUUUCAAUUGUUAGACAAAAGUGUAUAA